AAUUGGGGUCUGCUCUAAGCUGCAGCAAGAGAAACUGUGUGUGAGGGGGAAGAGCCCUGGAGCUCCCGGGUCUCUAGUUCUUUGCACACGCUCUUGACGAGUCUGCACUGGAGGAACUCUGCCAUCACCAGCUCCCUCUUUGCAGAGGGAGGGGAAAACAUAUUUAUUCAUGCCAGUCUGUUGCAUGCAGGCUUUCUGGCUUCCUACCUUGCAACCAAAUAAUUGCACAAACUCCUUAGCUCCGAUUCCGCCCACAGAGAGUCCUGGAUCAGAGUCUUUUUCUGCUUUGCAUUACAAGAAAGGGACUAACUGCUAGAGACUAUGUCGCUUUCCUGAGCCACCGAGAGAGCACUGCUCGACUGGAAGCAACUACUUCAGGGGACGAAAAGAAAAGAAAAAAAAAAAUCUUUUCUGAGACUUGCUUGGAAAGCGACGAGAAACUUGCAUUGGAAGCCUCAGCAACCAGCAAUCAAGAAAACUCCUCUCCACUUUAGCACGGUCUGAGCCGAGAGACGAGCAAAGUGCGGCGCGGUCGGUGAGAGAGUGUGAGAGAGGGAGAGGGAGAGGGCGGGCGAGACAGCCUCUCCAGCCUGGAAACUACAACUCCAGCGCGACAGGCGGAGUUCUCCGUCCCCGCAUCUCUUCGGGACUUUUCUCCCUUCGCCCACCUCCACCUCCGCUCGGCGUGUGCUCGGCCCCGGGGGCAGCCCGGGAGGACCCGGCGAUCGCGCCCCCGGCCCGCCGCGAGGGUGUGAGCGCGCGUGGGCGCCCGCGGAGCCGGGGCCAUGGUGCAGCAAACCAACAACGCCGAGAACACGGAAGCGCUGCUGGCCGGCGAGAGCUCGGACUCGGGCGCCGGCCUCGAGCUGGGCAUCGCCUCGUCGCCCACGCCCGGUUCCACCGCCUCCACGGGCGGCAAGGCCGACGACCCGAGCUGGUGCAAGACGCCGAGCGGGCACAUCAAGCGACCCAUGAACGCCUUCAUGGUGUGGUCGCAGAUAGAACGGCGCAAGAUCAUGGAGCAAUCGCCCGACAUGCACAACGCCGAGAUCUCCAAGCGGCUGGGCAAACGCUGGAAGCUGCUCAAAGACAGCGACAAGAUCCCCUUCAUUCGGGAGGCGGAGCGGCUGCGCCUCAAGCACAUGGCUGACUACCCCGACUACAAGUACCGGCCCAGGAAGAAGGUCAAGUCCGGCAACGCCAACGCCGGCUCCUCGGCCGCGACCGCCGCCGCCGCCUCCCCGUCCUCCUCCUCCUCCUCCUCCUCCUCCUCCAAGCCGGGAGAGAAGGGAGACAAGGUCGGUGGCGGCGGGGGCGGCAGCGGCGGCGGCGGCAACGGCCACGCGGGGGGAGGAGGCGGCGGCGCGAGCAGCGGCAGCGGCGGCGCCAACUCCAAACCGGCGCAGAAGAAAAGCUGCGGCGGCUCCAAAGCGGCCGGCGGCGCGGGCGGCGGGACCGGCAAACCGCACGCCAAGCUCGUCCUGGCGGCCGGCGGCGGCGGCGGCGGCGGUAGCGGUGGCGGGAAAGCUGCGGCCGCCGCCGCUUCCUUCGCGGCCGAGCAGGCAGGGGCCGCCGCCCUGCUGCCCCUGGGCGCCGCCGCCGCCGCAGCCGCAGCCGCCGACCACCACUCGCUGUACAAGGCGCGGACUCCCAGCGCCUCCUCCGCCUCAGCCUCCUCAGCCUCCUCCAACCUGGCGGCCCCGGCGAAGAGCCUGAGCGACAAGAAAGUGAAGCGCGUCUACCUGUUCGGAGGCCUGGGCGCUUCGGCGUCUCCCGUAGGCGGCGUGGGCGCGGGCGCAGCAGACCCCAGCGACCCCCUGGGCCUGUACGAGGACGGAGGCGCCGGCUGCUCGCCCGACGACGGGCCGAGCCUCAGCGGCCGGAGCAGCGCCUCGUCCUCCCCGGCAGCCGGCCGCUCGCCCGCCGACCACCGCGGCUACGCCAGCCUGCGCGCCGCCUCGCCCGCCCCGUCCAGCGCGCCCUCGCGCGCCUCGUCCUCGUCGGCCUCGUCGUCGUCGUCCGCCUCGUCCUCGGCUUCCUCAUCUUCCGACGACGAGUUCGAGGACGACCUCCUCGACCUGCACCCCAGCUCAAACUUUGAGAGCAUGUCCCUGGGCAGUUUCAGCUCGUCGUCGGCGCUCGACCGGGACCUGGAUUUUAACUUCGAACCGGGCUCCGGUUCUCACUUCGAGUUCCCGGACUACUGUACGCCCGAGGUGAGCGAGAUGAUCUCGGGAGAUUGGCUCGAGUCCAGCAUCUCCAACCUGGUCUUCACCUACUGAGGGGAGAAGGUGUGUGGGGGGGGAGCGACAGGGGAAGCUUGGAAGG